AUGCCUGCCGGCCACCCUCAUGCCAGGACCCAGGAGCACACCAGGGGAGAACAGGACUCUCUUCCCCUUCUUCUCUGACUUCAGGGGCCACAAUGCGACGGCCCUCCGCAUCGGCGAGUCAUCUGCCCUGGCCUCCAUCUUCCUGCUGGCCUUGGUGGGAAACAUCUGGGGCAUCUGCCUGCUGGCGCGGCGGCAGCGCCGGCUGCGUGCUGCCAACUGCCUCAUCCUCAACCUCUUCUGCGCCGACCUGCUCUUUAUCACCGCCAUCCCCUUCAUUGCUGUCGUGCGCUGGACCGAGUCCUGGGUCUUGGGCGACGUCGUCUGCCACAUGCUCUUCUACGUGGUGAGCCUCAGCGGCACCGUCGUCAUCCUCUCCCUGUCGGCCGUCAGCCUGGAGCGCGUCGCCAGCAUCGCCCAGCUGCGCCACGCCGCCUGCCGCCGCCGCAAGGCGCUGGCCGCCGCCCUCCUCCUCAUCUGGGGCUUCGCCGCCCUCGCCACCCUCCCGCUCUGCUGCUUCUUCACCGUGGUGCGGCUGCCCGCCGCCGGCGGCGAGGAGAUUCAGAUUUGCACCUUGGCUUGGCCCAGCAUUGCAGGAGAAAUAGUUUGGGGUGUCACCUUUGUUGUUGUUUUCUUUCUAAUACCAGGAUUAGUCAUUGUCGUCAGUUAUUCCAAAAUCUUACAGAUUACAAAAGCAUCAAGAAGAAGUUUAAAUGCUGGUUUAGCCUACUCAGAAAAUCAUCAGAUGCGUGUUUCCCAGCAAGACUACAAACUGUUCCGAGCCCUCUUUGUGUUGAUGGUUUCUUUCUUCAUCAUGUGGAGUCCAAUUAUAAUAAUUAUUCUUUUAAUUUUAGUCCAGAAUUACAAACAAGAUCUAAAUAUUUUGCCAUCAGUUUUCUUCUGGAUAGUGUUAUUCACUUUUGCCAACUCUGCUGUCAAUCCAAUUUUGUAUAAUGUUACCCAUUUCAGACGUAAAUGUCAGGAAAUUUUUCUCUGUUGUACAGGGAACCCUGUAAGGCAUGGGGCUGGUACAGAAACCACUGCAAGAAGAAGUAACCAUGAACAACCAAAUUUGUAUUUCAUUACCCAAUAAUUAUUUAAAGUCAGAUCUGUACCACGCUUUGGAUGUUAAUGUCUACACUAUCCCAGGUUGAAUAGGUCAUUGUGUUAUAGUAUUACAUGCCAGAGAAGGAAAAAAAAAAGCUAAAUCUGUGUUUUUAAUUCCUGCAGGUAAAAUUCUCUUGACUUCACUGCUUUGCCUCAGUAAGAUUCGGACAAUUUAAUCCAAUGGGUUGAAUUCUCCACUUACACUUAAAGAAAUAGGAAUGUGGCAGUGAACUUGGUGAAUGUAAAAUAGUUGAAAUAAGUACCUACCAGAUGCAUUAAUAUCUGUGAGGAUACAUUUUCAGCUGGAAUAAACGUCAUUAAUGAAGUUACAGUGAAUCUAUAUCAAAAGGGCACCUCAUCCAUUUGUACUUAUUUUCUACUAAGUAAGAGAGAUCAACUUUCUAGUGAAAAGGUACAUCCUUAGAAAGUAUCUGCUCUUUAUUUUAAUUCCAUUUAAAAAAGGCACUUGAUUAUACACUUAGAUAACUGACUGGCUGAACAUAGGUUUGUAAGCAGACUAAUCAAUUUCGUGUAGGAAACAAGAUGAUAAACAUGUAUUAUCACCAAGUGAAUGACCAGUUUGGCUCCAUCUCAAAAAUAUGGACAUAAUGCCUGUUAAUUUAUAAAUAAUGAAUGAAUAAAUAAAUGUUUAUUUGUCAUGUGUAAAAUAGUUCUUGUAAAAAGAUGCUUAUUUUUAUGUCUUCAGUAGUCAUAUAAUAAAGUUAAUGCAUGAUAUAUAGGGUCACUGAAAUUCCUCCUUUCUAAAAUGCUAUGGGGAAUAAUUCCCAGUAUUUCCUAGAAAAAAGAUGACAUUGUAUUUGAAAAGAAAUUAAAAUACAUGUAUUUUUUUUUUUUUAAUUAAAACUGUUUUAGUCAGAAAUGAAACUGCUAAAAAAAGGAAGAUUGAAUUCUUAGUUAUCACCAUCUGUCACCAAUUCAAAACAGUGCAUUAAGAUAACAGUCUACUAAUAAAACCAAUGUCUACAUAUGUACAGAUUUGCAUACAAACAAUUUGCAUCCCCUGUAAUCCCCAAAUUUAUUAAAAUGUUUCAUUGGUUUGUUAACAAGGUGAGCUACACAGCUCAGAUAAAUAUACUCAAAAUCUAAAUGAAGCU